AGUCGCGGCCACCUUAGCUUCCUCGGGCGCUCACGCCCUGGGGCGGCCCAGGGAAUCUCCACGCGAGCGACAGACAGACGGCUUCCAGAGAGGCCGCAGCCCUGCGUGGCCCGCUCCUGCCAGCUCCGCGACGAGCGCCGAGCUGCGCACGCGCAGUACGGGGACGCGCGUCCGGCUCUCGCCCCGGCCCCUGCCCGGCUCUGUCCUCUGUCUACAGGCCGCCCGACCGCGGGCCGCCGGGGAGGCUGAGUCGUACACCAACCCAGCGCCCGACCAGCGCUGCCUGCGGCGCUGAGGAGACGGUGUAGCCCGGGAGAGGGUGGAGACUACGGCUGUGACAGGCUUCCCGGCUGCCCGAAGUGGGAGUGGUGUGGGCUGCGGGAAGGAGAGAGGAAGAGGAGCAGAAGGGGGCAGCAGCGGCCGCCGCUAACGGCCUCCCUCGGCGCUGACAGGCUGGGCAGGCACCCGGCUCGCUGGGGAGUUGGAGCCGCCGCCUGGGCCCUUGACCCCGGGCUUGCGGCGCGCGUCGGGUCGGAGGGCUGCCGCUGCCUCGACAGAGGCCUGGUGCCCGCCGCUGAGGGAUGUGAGUGGGAGCCCAGCCCGCACGGGAGGGCCCCGGAGGGCCCAGCCUGGCGGACGCUCAGACCCGUGCCAGCUCCGCGGCUUCGCAGACCUCGGCUCGCCGGAGGCUUCUGGUAGGAGCAGUCCCCGCGGGCUUGAGGGCGCGCCGUCGCCGCCGGAGCGGCGCAGCAGGUUUCGGAAGCAGGCAAGGGGAACAAGAUGUGAAUUGUUUGUCUUCUGCGGAGAAAGAGGCCCUUCCUCCUCCUCCUGCGACGCUUGAACUCAGUGGUGUCAUCAUAACUCAACACUACAACCUCAAACUUCUAGCCUCCUGGGAUCCUCCUGCUUCAGUCUCCUGAGUGGCUGGGACUCAGGCAAAUGUUCUGAAAAAGACUCUGCAGGGGAAUGGCUUGCCUUACAAUGACAGAAAUGGAAAGAGCAUCCACAUCUUCUGUACAUCAAAAUGGUGAUAUUUCUGGAAAUGUCAAUUCUAUGAAGCAAAUAGAUCCAGUCCUUCAGGUGUAUCUUUACCAUUCCCUUGGGAAAGCUGAGGGAGAUUACCUGAAGUUUCCAACUGGGGAGUAUGUUGCAGAAGAAAUUUGUAUUGCUGCUUCCAAGGCUUGUGGUAUUACACCUGUGUAUCAUAAUAUGUUUGCUUUAAUGUGUGAAACAGAAAGGAUCUGGUACCCACCCAACCAUGUCUUCCAUAUAGAUGAGUCAACCAGGCAUAAUGUGCUCUACAGAAUAAGAUUUUAUUUUCCUCACUGGUAUUGCAGCGGCACCAACAGAACCUAUCGGCAUGGGAUAUCUCGAGGUGCUGAAGCCCCUCUUCUUGAUGACUUUGUCAUGUCUUACCUUUUUGCUCAGUGGCGCCAUGAUUUUGUCUAUGGUUGGAUAAAAGUACCUGUGACUCAUGAAACACAGGAAGAAUGUCUUGGGAUGGCUGUGUUAGAUAUGAUGAGAAUAGCCAAAGAAAAGGAUCAAACUCCGCUUGCCAUUUAUAACUCUAUCAGCUACAAGACAUUCUUACCAAAAUGUAUACGAGCAAAGAUCCAAGACUAUCAUAUUUUGACAAGGAAACGAAUAAGGUACAGAUUUCGCAGAUUUAUUCAGCAAUUCAGCCAAUGCAAAGCCACCGCCAGGAACUUGAAACUUAAGUAUCUUAUAAAUCUGGAAACUCUUCAGUCUGCCUUCUACACAGAGCAGUUUGAAGUAAAAGAACAUGGAAGAGGUCCUUCAGGUGAGGAGAUUUUUGCAACCAUUAUAAUAACUGGAAACGGUGGAAUUCAGUGGUCCAGAGGGAAACAUAAAGAAAGUGAGACACUGACAGAACAGGAUUUACAGUUAUAUUGUGAUUUUCCUAAUAUUAUUGACGUCAGUAUUAAGCAAGCAAACCAAGAAGGCUCAAAUGAAAGCAGAGUUGUAACUAUCCAUAAGCAAGAUGGUAAAAAUUUGGAAAUUGAAAUUGGUUCAUUAAGAGAAGCUUUGUCUUUUGUGUCAUUAAUUGAUGGAUAUUAUAGAUUAACUGUAGAUGCACAUCAUUACCUCUGUAAAGAAGUAGCACCUCCAGCAGUGCUUGAAAAUAUACAAAGCAACUGUCAUGGCCCAAUUUCAAUGGAUUUUGCCAUAAGUAAACUGAAGAAAGCAGGUAAUCAGACUGGACUAUAUGUACUUCGAUGCAGUCCUAAGGACUUUAAUAAGUAUUUUCUGACUUUUGCUGUUGAGCGAGAAAAUGUCAUUGAAUAUAAACACUGUUUGAUUACAAAAAAUGAGAAUGGAGAAUACAACCUCAGUGGGACUAAGAAGAACUUUAAUAAUCUUAAAGAUCUUUUGAAUUGCUACCAGUUGGAAACUGUUCGCUCUGAUAAUAUAAUUUUCCAGUUUACUAAAUGCUGUCCUCCAAAGCCGAAAGAUAAAUCAAACCUUCUAGUCUUUAGAACCAAUGGUGUUUCUGACGUACCAAACUCACCAGCACUACAGAGGCAUAAUAAUGUGAACCAAAUGGUGUUUCACAAAAUCAGAAAUGAAGAUUUGAUAUUUAAUGAAAGCCUCGGCCAAGGUACUUUUACAAAAAUUUUUAAAGGUGUAAGAAGAGAAGUAGGAGACUAUGGUCAACUGCAUGAGACAGAAGUUCUUUUAAAAGUUCUGGAUAAAGCACAUAGAAACUAUUCUGAGUCUUUCUUUGAAGCAGCAAGCAUGAUGAGCCAGCUUUCUCACAAGCAUUUGGUUUUAAAUUAUGGAGUAUGUGUCUGUGGAGAGGAGAAUAUUCUGGUUCAGGAGUUUGUAAAAUUUGGAUCAUUAGACACAUAUCUGAAAAAGAACAAAAAUUGUAUAAAUAUAUUAUGGAAACUUGAAGUGGCUAAGCAGUUGGCAUGGGCCAUGCUUUUUCUGGAAGAAAAAACCCUUAUUCAUGGAAAUGUCUGUGCCAAAAAUAUUCUGCUUAUCAGAGAAGAAGACAGGAAAACAGGAAAUCCUCCUUUCGUCAAACUUAGUGACCCUGGCAUUAGUAUUACAGUUUUGCCAAAGGACAUUCUUCAGGAGAGAAUACCAUGGGUACCACCUGAAUGCAUCGAAAAUCCUAAAAAUCUACACUUGGCAACAGACAAAUGGAGUUUUGGUACCACUUUGUGGGAAAUAUGCAGUGGAGGAGAUAAGCCUCUGAGUGCUCUGGACUCUCAAAGAAAGCUGCAGUUUUAUGAAGAUAGGCACCAGCUUCCUGCACCAAAGUGGACAGAAUUAGCAAACCUUAUAAAUAAUUGUAUGGAUUAUGAACCAGAUUUUAGGCCUUCUUUCAGAGCCAUCAUACGAGAUCUUAACAGUUUGUUUACUCCAGAUUAUGAACUAUUAACAGAAAAUGACAUGUUACCAAACAUGAGGAUAGGUGCCCUAGGCUUUUCUGGUGCUUUUGAAGACAGAGACCCUACACAGUUUGAAGAGAGACAUUUGAAAUUUCUACAGCAACUUGGCAAGGGUAAUUUUGGAAGUGUGGAGAUGUGCCGGUAUGACCCUCUACAGGACAACACUGGGGAAGUGGUGGCUGUAAAAAAGCUUCAGCACAGUACUGAAGAGCACCUCAGAGAUUUUGAAAGGGAAAUUGAAAUUCUGAAAUCCCUGCAGCAUGACAACAUUGUAAAGUACAAGGGAGUGUGCUACAGUGCUGGCCGGCGUAAUUUAAGACUAAUUAUGGAAUAUUUACCAUAUGGAAGUUUACGAGACUAUCUCCAAAAACAUAAAGAACGAAUAGAUCACAAAAAACUUCUACAGUACACAUCUCAGAUAUGCAAGGGUAUGGAGUAUCUUGGUACAAAAAGGUAUAUCCAUAGGGACCUGGCAACAAGAAAUAUAUUGGUGGAGAAUGAGAACAGAGUUAAAAUUGGAGAUUUUGGCUUAACCAAGGUCUUGCCACAAGACAAAGAAUACUACAAAGUGAAAGAACCUGGUGAAAGUCCCAUAUUUUGGUAUGCUCCAGAAUCACUGACAGAGAGCAAAUUUUCUGUGGCCUCAGAUGUUUGGAGCUUUGGAGUGGUUCUGUAUGAACUUUUCACAUAUAUUGAGAAAAGUAAAAGUCCACCAGCGGAAUUUAUGCGUAUGAUUGGCAAUGACAAACAAGGACAGAUGAUUGUGUUCCAUUUGAUAGAGCUUCUAAAGAAUAAUGGACGAUUACCAAGACCAGAUGGAUGCCCAGACGAGAUUUAUAUGAUCAUGACAGAAUGCUGGAACAAUAAUGUAAAUCAACGUCCCUCCUUCAGGGACCUAGCCCUUCGAGUGGAUCAAAUAAGGGACAGCAUGGCUGGAUGAAAGAAAUGAGCUUCAUUCUGAGACCAAACCAAAGUAGACUUACAGGAAAAAUUUUGUACUUCAUAUUGUUGUGGACAGUUAUUACAUAUAUCAUUAUUACCUAAGUCAUGAUGGUAGCCAGCAAAGAUGUGAACUAUCUACUCAAAACUUUCAAACUUGAGUGACUUUUAUUCACCAAGCCACUGGUAAAGGAAAGUAAAGUUCUUAGCAAGGAAUUUUGCUCAAAGUUUCUUGAACAUUAAUUAUCAGCUACUUCACCCUUCUCUAGCAAAAGAAGAAAACAGACUUUUUUUCAACUCAGCUUUUUGAGAAGUGAAAAAAUAAUAAUGUAAAUUUUAUAAUGUUAAAGAUGCACAGAAAAUAUAUAUAUACAGUUUUUACUGUAAUGGAUAGAUAAUACCUUGGAACCUUGUGUGAUGUUUUACACAAGGACUAGUGUUAAUUAAUAAUUUUUUCUAAUUUUUUCAUAGCUGAUAUAUAAUUUCACUAUACAAACUAAGAUGCUCAGAUAAUUGAAUAAGCACCUUUGUGUCCUUGUUCAUCUUUAUCACUGGCCAGCAAUAUAAGCAGGUGUAUACUUUUAGCUCUUAGUUUUAUGUACUGUAAAUAUUUUUAAAGAAAAGGGAACAAAUGUCUAGUUUUAUUUGUAGAGGAAAUUUCCCUAACCCUAAUUAAGAUUACAUUCUGAAAUGGAACGAGCUUACAAAGAUAUAAUAAUCUA